AUGACGCAGCCCGCCGCCAGCGAAGCUGCUCCCACCACCUCCGAAUCUCCUCACCAGGACGCCGGCGACGCCAUCAUGUCCGCCAGCACCAGCGCCAGCUCGACCAAGAGUCUGCCCGAGCCCGAGAUCUCCAUCCAAGUCCACGGCGACAGCGGGGACGACCCCAGACCUCUCCCGCUCCCCGCCCACUUAUCCGCACCCGCUGUCCAGCAGUACAAGAGUCCUAUGAGACAACAUCGCCGCACCCCCUCCCAUCAUCGAGAAGUCAAGGAAACACUCAAUGCCCGAACUGAAUACACGAGCGAUGAUUCGGACGGUCGAUCACACCACAAAAUCAACCAGUACACAAUCAAGGAGGAGAUAGGGCGGGGCUCCUACGGGGCUGUCCAUCUCGCCGUGGACCAGUACGGCCAGGAAUAUGCAGUGAAGGAGUUCUCCAAGGCCCGGCUACGGAAAAGGGCACAGUCGAACAUCUUGCGCCAUGGCCCUAGGAGGCCGGGGCGUUUCCCACCGCGGGGCGGCAUGGACCCCAGCGUGUCCGAUCGGCUAUCAGACCAGAAGGCUGGAGAAGAGAGGGACGCCCUCUUCUUGAUCAGGGAGGAGAUUGCCAUCAUGAAGAAGAUCAACCACCCGAACCUGGUAUCCCUCAUCGAGGUCCUGGACGACCCGGAGGAGGAUUCUCUAUACAUGGUCUUGGAGAUGUGCAAGAAGGGAGUCGUCAUGAAGGUCGGCCUUGGCGAACCUGCCGACCCGUACGGCGAGGAGGCUUGUCGCUGUUGGUUUCGGGACUUGAUCCUUGGCAUAGAAUAUUUACAUGCACAGGGAGUGGUCCACCGAGACAUCAAGCCGGAUAAUCUGCUGCUGACGGAUGAAGAUGUCCUCAAGGUCGUCGAUUUUGGUGUCUCCGAGAUGUUUGAGAAGCCGGACCAGAUGAGAACCGCCAAGUCGGCCGGGUCGCCAGCUUUCCUCCCCCCUGAGUUGUGCGUAGCUCGACAUGGCGACGUCUCGGGCAAAGCAGCAGACAUAUGGUCGAUGGGCGUCUCCCUCUACUGUCUCCGCUACGGCAGGAUACCGUUCGAGACGGAUGGCGUCCUGGAGAUGUAUGAUGCUAUCAAAACACGAGACAUACAGCUGCCCGAAAACGAAGACGAGGACUUUGUAGAUCUGUUGCACAAAGUCCUGGAGAAGGAUCCCGAGAAGAGGAUCAAAAUGUCCGAGCUCAGGGCACAUCCCUGGGUUACGAAACGUGGCGAGGAUCCUCUGCUUAGCGAAGAGGAUAACACGUCUGAUAUGGUUGAGCCUCCGAACGCGCUUGAAGUCAACCAUGCGUUCACGAGGCGGAUGAGCCACCUGUUGUGUGUCAUGAAAGCUAUCGCCAAAUUCAAGGGGCUCAUAGUGGCUAAGCACCCCGAGCUGAAUAGCCAUAAUACUAGGGAAGACAGUGAUCCUACACCAACACAGGUCUCCGCCCUGGAGAAAAACAAGGAGGCCCUCGAGAAAGCCAAUGCCGAACACGCCGCUGAGCUUCUUGACCAGCGCAGGCGGAUUCUCCGCAGGGCAACCGACGGGAGUCUCGGCGGCGCAGGAAAGGGGCAUGCGCACCAGGUCACUGACAUGGAGCCCCUUUUCCUGGGUAUCGGCACUGGUGAACGAGACGAUUUUGCCAAGCACGAGACGCCGGCCGAGAUCGUCUCAGACUCGCCCACGGCUGUCGAGUAUGACGUCUAUGACCGCGCCUAUGGAGCCGAGGUAGAACGCAUCCGCUCGCAGAGCCAUAGUGCUACCAUGUACCUCACUCGGUUCCUCAACGAAACCGAUCGGUACAAGUCAGAUGACCACAUCAUCAUCGAGGAGCAAAGACAGCCCACACCCCUUUCCAAAGAGCAGGAUGAGGGCGGGGGCGGCAAGGCUGCAGGCGGCGCAUUCAAAGGCUUCAAGUUUGCGGAUCUUGUUGCUGAGACGAUCAAGGAUACGCGGUCCAAGAGCCAGUCGGAGUCGACGCCAACGCCGCGCUCAAAGACGCCGUGA